AUGGCAACCGCUCUCGACCAUCUCCAGCUCGGCGGCAAGAUCGAAUGGCUGGCGCAGCUUGACACGGCCUACCAGCCGGAGCGCAACCUGCGUCGGACUUCGAUUGUCUGCACCAUCGGCCCGAAAACCAACUCGGUUGAGGCUAUCAACAAGCUUCGCGAGGCUGGCCUUAACGUGGUGCGGAUGAACUUCUCCCACGGCAGCUACGAAUACCACCGUACGUAUCCAGCGCGCAGCGCCGAUCUCAGGUAUGUCGACUACAAGAACAUUACCAAGGUGAUCGAGCCUGGGCGCAUCAUCUACGUGGACGACGGUGUUCUGGCAUUUGAAGUGCUCGAGAUUGUCGACGAGAAGAACAUCAAGGCGCGGGCGCGGAACAACGGCCACAUCUCGUCCCGCAAGGGCGUCAACCUGCCCAACACCGACGUCGACCUGCCGGCGCUGUCAGAGAAGGACAAGAACGACCUCCGGUUUGGUGUCAAGAACAAUGUUGACAUGGUUUUUGCUUCAUUUAUUCGGAGAGGCAAGGACAUCCAGGACAUCCGCGAGGUUCUUGGCGAGCAAGGCCGCCACAUUCAGAUCAUCGCCAAGAUUGAGAACCGCCAGGGUCUUAACAAUUUCCCGGAGAUUCUUGCUGAGACCGAUGGUGUGAUGGUUGCCCGUGGUGACCUGGGUAUCGAGAUUCCUGCCGCUGAGGUGUUUGCCGCCCAGAAGAAGAUCAUUGCCAUGUGCAACAUUGCCGGCAAGCCCGUCAUCUGCGCGACCCAGAUGCUUGAGUCCAUGAUCAAGAACCCCAGACCCACGAGGGCUGAGAUCAGCGAUGUCGGCAAUGCCGUUACUGACGGCGCUGACUGUGUCAUGCUUUCCGGCGAGACGGCCAAGGGCGUCUACCCCAACGAGGCCGUUCGCGAGAUGAGCGAAGCCUGCCUCAAGGCCGAGAACUCGAUCCCGUACGUCAGCCACUUCGAGGAGCUCUGCACGCUCGUCAAGCGGCCGGUUCCGACCGUCGAGUCGUGCGCCAUGGCCGCUGUCCGUGCUUCGCUAGACCUCAACGCCUCCGCCAUCUUUGUGCUCUCCACCUCCGGAGAGUCGGCCCGCCUCAUCUCCAAGUACCGGCCCGUGUGCCCCAUCAUCAUGAUCACCCGCAACCCUUCUUCUUCCCGGUACGCUCACUUGUACCGCGGUGUCUAUCCAUUCCUCUUCCCCGAGGCCAAGCCCGACUUCACCAAGGUCAACUGGCAGGAGGAUGUCGACCGCCGUAUCAAGUGGGGGCUCAGCCACGCCAUCGACCUGAACAUCCUCACCGAGGGCGAAACCGUCGUGGUCGUGCAGGGCUGGAAGGGCGGUAUGGGCAACACGAACACGCUGCGGAUUGUCAAGGCUGAUAGUUCCUUGGCUGUCGCUGCCAUGUCCGAAAAACUGUCAUACCUUCCCCGUUUAGGGUUCGCGCGCAGCGAGGGCCCGAUUCUCCCGUUGCACAACCGAACGAGUCCUCCAAUACGCAAGAAGCCGAGCGAGUACGCCCUGUCCGACCUCUCUCCCCAUCCCGACGAUGCGCUCCUGUCUUCCUCGGCCGACAACGAUCGCAAGGUGUUUUACUCUCCUCGCCGGAGCCCCUCUCCGUCCCCUAGAUACAGCGGCAAGAUGAGCGACACAGGUUCCUCUCGGUCGAAACAGAAGCAGGGUGUCUUGUUCGCGGGGCCCCCGCCCCCGAUCGCCACCUCGCAGAUGUUCUACCGCGACGAAGAGGAUAGAGACUCGUCUCCGCCAGCCCCGCAGCAUCUCGAAGUGUCAUCCUUCGCCCGCAAUAUCAACAGCGUCCUGUUUGACCGUACCCCAUCCUCGCCCAGCCGCGCCCGAAGCAGAGAUUACGACGCCGAGCCAGAUGCCAUCUGGCUAAACCUCCAACGCCGCGAACGUGCCCUACAAAAAGACCUCCAACACCUCCUCGACGCCCAAUCCACCGGCCUCGCCGCCAACCUCGAACCGCACACCACAAACCCCAACACUACCCCCUCCGACACAAACGACGCCGGGCCACGAAGCCUCAGCCCGACCAACACCACACGCACGGCCUCGUCCCGAACAACGACGACGACAACAACAACAAGACACGUCAUGUUCCACGACCAAGUCUCUGCGCCCCGGACCCUCACAUCCUCGGGCACGCUGGUGCCCGCUGGUGAGGACGGCGGGUUACAGGAGUCGCCCGGGGGAACAGAAUUUCUGCGGCUGAGGCCGGAGAGGAGGACGGCGGAGAUGGCGAGGGAUUGGUGGGAGGGAGAGGUGGAGAUACUGGAGAAGAGGAAGGAGGAGGUGGAGAAAGAGAGGGCGGCCCUUGAAGCGGGCGUGGAGGUGUGGACUGGGGCUGUGAAGCUUGUAUCGGACUUUGAGUCUGAUCUUAGGAGGGAGAUGAACGGGGCUGGGAAUACCGUGACGAGCAACCUCAAGGGUAAGGGCAAAGCAGGCGACACGCCCGCGCUGCCAGCACCUGAACAAACGAUGUAUGGGCAGCUGGAUAAGAUGCGGACUGUCAUGGCGGGCCUAGAGGAACGAUUACAGAUUACGGAAGAGAAUGGGUGGAAUCUGCUCAUAUGUGCUAUCGGCGCCGAGCUGGAGGCUUUCCGACAGGCGGAAGGCAUGCUGCGGGAGGCGUUACGCGCUGCGGGUUUCGACGUUGGCGACCCCGACGGAGACCAGGGUGACUCUACGCCACACAUGGGAAGGUCAACAAGUCUAAGAAACUCGAGGCAACGACUGGACGAAACAGACCGUGGUGGCAGCGGCAAGUUGCUCGACCUGCACGACGGGCCUGAUGCCGAGGAGCCCGAAAGCGACAAUGAAGUACCCCCUGACUUGCUCGUCGCCCCGAAUGAUAGGCACGAGUUAAGCCCCGCCCUGAGUCGGGAGAGCAGCAAUGAGGUGCCGCCCGAGUUUUUACGGGAGCACCGUUCUGAUGAGGAAUAUCCUGGGUUUGGGGUUAUGGCUUAG